AUGGAAAUAAAAGAAAUAUUACAAAAUAACAAACAAUUUUACCAAUUUGUAUAUACUUAUGAAAAUGGAAAUUGCAGUCAAAAAGAGAUGGUGUUGAAAAAAAAAUAUUACGAAUGGUCAAGUAACUUGUUGGAACAAAGUUCACAUGACAAUCAAGAUUCCAUGGCCGAGGAUAAUUCAUCAAAAAACCAAGAAGAUGAAGAAAGGCAUGAAAACUUAAUUUCUAGUGACUUUAAGCAUCAUUGGUUGGCUACAACGCUAAGCUUCAUUAAAGAUAACAAAUUAAGUACUCUGGAGUACCCUGAAAUGCCUGAAGCUUGUACAGAUUUUAUAGAGUACAUUAUUAAUAACAGUAAUAAUAAACAUGACAUAGAUCUUCCUUUUAAGCCAUUAUAUGCGUCUAUUUGGGAAGCAAUGACAAUAUUCAAACUGAAAUAUGACUUUUUGUUAAAAUCAAAUGUCAGAAGCAAUAAUACUGUGCAACUGACUUUAGAAAAAAAUCCAAGGAAACAGGAUGGCAUUACUAAUAAAAAUCCAGAAGUUAACAAAGACACACCAAAUAAAUCCGCAAAACAUCUCAAGGAAAGGAAGAAAAUGUUAAAGAAGAAAACUGCAGUUAUUGAUGCCGUGCCGAUAGAUUUCGUAAUGGAUUCCUUAAAACGGAUUGUGGAGUUCCUUGAAGACGAAUUCAGUGCCAGUAUUGUAUUCAAAAAUGUGACAUCAAAAGAAUGGAAAUUUCUCUUGAAUGUUAAACCCAUGGUCAGAAAUAGGCAUAUUUUGAUAACCGAAAUAUCUCCAGCUAUAAUUGACCUAUUGAAACGAAUUAAUACAGCUAACCUAAACGCAUUCAGUUUGGUUUUAAGUGACAACAAAUUUAAUAAGAACAAAAAGGAAAGAAAUGUUACACUGGAGAAGACACCCAAAUAUAAAACGCAAACGUCUCCAAACAAUAGCACACAAUUAAAUCGCUCAAUUUCUCGGUAUUCGCCCCAAGAGCGCAACGAACAGCCGGCGUUUGAUGACAAUAGUCCUGGUAAUAAAUUACUAAAGGCACUCACUACAUCCUCGAAAAAUGAUGAUUGCACAAGUGUUUCGUCUAUGGAGAUGAAGUCACAAAGUACUUCGAGUGUAAACGAUAUUGGUUUAAAUUCGCCGUCCCUGAAAUCACGUCACACAAGCAUCGAGCGAAGAAAAAUAAGUCAAAAGCCGAUUAUAAAUUUUCAAAGCGCUGGAAGUGUUGAUCUAACCAGUGAUGAGAAUAUUACUCCGACUAAAGAAAACUGGCGUAGUAGUAACGAGUCAGUAAAGCGAGGAAGGAGUCACGAGAGGCGGCACGGUCGAAUGAAGAAUAAACUUUUGGAGGCCAUGUCCGUGCCCCUGGAGAGUGAUAUCGGAUUAAGAAUGAUGCGCUCGAUGGGUUGGGACGGCGGAGCUCUAGGCACAAGAGGCGAAGGCAUUGUGGAGCCUAUUAUACCGGACUUGGGUAUUAUCACUGGAGCAGGUUUGGGUCAUAGUGCCGUACCGAAACGUUGCGCGGAAAGUCUCAAAAGAAAAAAGAAAAUUUCAAGAACAAAUUCAAUUAGUCGGAGUGAAGGCGACGAAAAUGAAAAAACUGCUACUGAAGAAGACUUGGUGCAGUUAACUGAAUCGAAAUACGAAAAAAACAAAAUUGUCAAAACUCGUUUGAAAAUUUUUGGAGAAAUCUUAGAACUUCUUUGCUCGGAUGUUAUGAAUAAAACGGUUGUUUUUGAGAAAAAACUACAUAAAAACGAAAAGAAAUUUUUAAAGCCUGCCAUUAGAAGUUUUAAUAAUAGAAGUAAGAUAUCUUUUACGAUUAAAGAAGAAUGUGAUUUGAUAGAUAAAAUUCAAAAUGAAAUGCUGUCAAACCGUGCAGUGGUAAUUGAAGCUAAUUUUUCGAAGGCUGGAAGGGAACUUCUUCUAUCAAAAACAAUUAAUAAAAUAGAUCUACAAAUCCCAAUUAUGAAAAGAUUAGAAAAGAGAACGAAAUAUAUUAGUGAUAAUGACACACAAAACUAUUCCCAGACAGACAGUGCUCCGAGAAUGAAAAUAUUAUCAGUUGACAAAUUUAUGUCAUCAAUGGAUUCUAUGGAAUCCUAUGGAGUAUAUAAUGAAAAAUCAUUCAAAGCGUUAUCUUGCAGACUCAUGAUGUUAGAAGAAAUUUUGGAAUUCAUAGAGAAAGAUGAAUCAGAAAAAGCCUAUUACAUAGAUAAUCAUACAAUUAAUUAUUUGAAAUUCGUGAAAAAAUUUAUUACAAGUAUCAACGCAAGAAAAAAAGAUAAGCAAAUUACGGCGAUUGAAGAUUCAGUCGCCGAACAGAUUUUAAAUAGUUUAGGAAACUCUUAUCUCGUUUUUGAAUGUGAUAGACGUUUAAAGCAAAUGAAAUUAAAAAAAGUGGUUUAUGAAAAUAAAUUAAUGAAUUCGUCCAAAUCUGAACCUACUUUGUUAAAUGAAUUUGAUCAUACAACCAGUGAUUUAGCAAGCACAAAUAAAAAUGAAGAAGUGGAAGCAUCACAAUCUAAAAAUGUAGUCCAGCAUGAUAUUUAUGAAAGAGUGGCCUGCAUAUUUCAGGAUAUGAACACCAAAGAUGUAAAAAAAGAUGACUUAAAUGAAAGGGAGCUUUCAAAUAAAGACGUAGAAAUGAUUGAUCUAACAUCAGACAAUAUAAGCGUAACUAGUUCUGAAAAUCACUUGUCAGUAGAAUCUGACGAAGUUCCAAAACAUAUAAAAGAAUUAGAAAAUCCUAUUUUGAAAGCGGAAGUGGAUGUGUGUACAUCUAAGAGGUAA